AUGAAAUUCAUCAUCGUUUUUUGUUUGAUCUCUAUAGGUUAAAUGAAUGAUUCUUAUAUUAAUGAAAAUAUUUAGCAUUAAUUUUAACUCUUUAUAGAAAAUGAAAUAAACAUAAAAAGUCUACUAAAAUCGUUUUAAGACGAGUUUUUAGAAGUAAACAUGAAAAAGCUCAAUUAUUAACCAAAGCAAAUGUUCAUUAACAACAUUUUGAGUACCCAAAAGCAUACACCAUAGGUUUGUUUCCAAGAAUUGAUAUCAUUAAACUCACAAUCUUAACAAAAUAUUUUAGACUAAGACCAAUUGCUUUAAUAAAUGGAAAGAACUGUGUUAUCUUGCUACUAAUUAUAAAAAUGUAAGAUUUUAAGUUAGAUGACUAGAUUGGGAUUAGGUUUAGACUUGUUUCAUAUAAAUGAAUGCUUUAUAGGGAAAUAUUGGCAAAUUGGAAAAAAUAAAUAAACAUUCAUCAAAUAGUUACAUGGUAUUGCGAUAAUUGGUUGAGAAUGUCUUAGUAAAAUGUCAGAGCAGCAAUAAUGAUACAAUAUUGAACAAGAAAUGUCAGAAUAGUUUAUUGAUUAUUGGAGGGUUGAAGGAGAAUGUGGGCAACUUUGGAGAGAUUUAUAAUGGUUUUCUUUCUAAUUGUUGGAUAUGA